GUAAUUUUGGCGCCGCGAGAGUGCUGCAGAGGAAGACGAUUCAGUUCCUCUUUUACUUCUUCUCUUAAUUUCGCUCUUGUUACCGUAGUUUGAGACUGAGGAUGGAGUACGUGAGCCCAGAAGGACUUCGCUUGGACGGUCGCCGACCCAUGGAGAUGCGACAAAUUCGUGCAGAGAUUGGUGCUGUAUCCAAAGCAGAUGGUUCUGCCAUUUUUGAGAUGGGCAAUACCAAAGUGAUUGCGGCUGUUUAUGGCCCUAGAGAGGUGCAAAAUAGGAGCCAACAAAUAAGUGACCAGGCUCUGGUUCGGUGUGAGUACAGCAUGGCUAAUUUUAGUACUGGAGAUCGCAUGAGGAAAUCUAAGGGUGACAGGAGAUCAACUGAAAUUUCUCUGGUUAUUCGACAAACCAUGGAAGCAUGUAUAUUGACACACUUAAUGCCCCGUUCCCAGAUAGAUAUUUAUGUCCAAGUUCUCCAAGCAGAUGGAGGAACUAGAUCUGCCUGUAUAAAUGCUGCAACUUUGGCCCUUGCUGAUGCUGGGAUCCCUAUGUGUGAUCUUGUAACUUCCUGUAGUGCUGGAUACCUUAACAGCACCCCUCUUCUUGAUUUGAACUAUGUAGAAGACAGUGCCGGAGGUCCUGAUGUAACUCUAGGAAUUCUUCCUAAGCUAGAUAAAGUGACACUUCUUCAGAUGGAUUCUAAACUACCAAUUGACAUUUUGGAAAAUGUUAUGCAACUGGCAAUCGAAGGCUGCAAAGCAAUAGCAAACUACAUUCGAGAUAUUUUACUGGAUAACACAAAGCAACUUGAGUAUCGGCGCGGUGUAUAGUUUUAUAGCGGGAGUAAUGUUUCUGUUUAGCAUCAAUUUACUGUUUGGUUUAUGCUCAUGUGUGUCCACACGCUUGUGUGGGUGUAAUGAUUAUUUUCGAUGGUCAUCUUUCUCCAAGCUGCAGGUUCAUUUUUGUGCAUUUAUCAUUUUGAAUUAGAAUUCUACUUUCUAUAGCUGGAAAUUUUUUUGGCAUAUGAUACAGUGCCUGUGAAGCAGGAUAUGUAAAGGUGACUCAGGAAUUUGUUUCUCAUUUCUACCAACUUGUCAAUUGAUGUGUAACAAGUUU